AUGGAAAUUUGGUCACUGGCCGCGGUGGGGAAACAUUACAUCAUUCAACGAAUCCCUAGGGAUUUGCAAAUAGGACUUGAGUCGUCUAGGAUAGGGACUAUCUGUAUCUGUAUCUACUACAUAUCUGACUUGGGUGCUCAUCACAGUAGGGAGGGCUUCUGGCGCCGUAGAGGACUGUGCAGACCCGUAGGAGCAAAGAAACUUUUGGGUGCGUUGUUGGAAAGAUCCGAGGUUAGCCGACUCCGUUCAAUCGAGAGUCCAUUCCCCUUCGGAAUCCUGGCGGACAAGUUCAACGAUGAUGAUGGUCGGAUCUCUCUCAUCUAUAUCCAGCAUCGCGGUAUCGCAGCAUCGCAGCAUCGCAGCAUCGCAGCAGAUCUCGCCGAAACUUUCCUGCGUUUCUGGCGCGGAGGCUCGGAUUUGUCCACUGUGAUACCGAUCUUCUCGGAUCUGGAUUGUGCAAAGGGGACAGGGGAAGGGGAGGGCUGCAUCACGGACCCUGGAGGCUUGCGUGGAAAAAGUCAAUCUACCUACGGUAUGCACGUAUUGUUUCCACGGCUAAUCGUACUUACUCUUCAAACUUUGCAAGACGCAAACGCAAGAACAAUACACCUUUACAGCCCUACCUAUAAUCAACCAAACCCUGAUCCUACCGAGGAGCCCGGCUUCCGAACAAUCCAAAAAUUGUCUAUACAAUCCCGCGAGCGCCUUCGUCCGGUUCAAGACCUAGCCGGACCCGCUACAGCUGGUGCACGUCCUUGUCUUGGGUGCCUUCUUAGGCUUCGAGAUUUGGGCGAACUAGCCCCAGCCGCCCCAUGUGCCAGCCAGCGUUGGAUUGACUCGGGGGCAGCGGCUCACCCUUUUCAUAGCUGGGCCUUCGGAGUCGCUCGUCUAUCAUCCGGAUGA